GAGAGGCUGGCACUUGGCUGAGGUGGCUCCUGGCCUUGGAGCUGGGCAGUUCAGUGUGGGCCAGGAGGUGCCUUGGCUGCAGGGGGUUUGGGUGCAGUGCUGCUUCCUGAUGUGUCCUCACCUUCUGCUUGUCCCUGCCCUCUGUGCCAGGUGCACCUGUGACCCCGAGCCAUGUCCUGCUGCAAGCCCUGUGACCCUUGCUGCCAGCCCUGCGGCCCCUGCCCGCUGGCCAGCAGCUGCAAUGAGUGCUGUGUCAGGCAGUGCCAGAGCUCCCACGUCGUCAUUGAGCCGCCUGCUGUGCUGGUGACCCUGCCCGGCCCCAUCCUCAGCUCCUUCCCACAGAACACUGCCGUGGGAUCCUCCACCUCUGCUGCUGUUGGCAACAUCCUCAGCUGUGGAGGAGUGCCCAUCAGCUCUGGCAGCUUUGACAUCUCCUGCAUCACCAACUGCUACGGUGGCAGCAGAUGCCGGCCCUGCUAA